UUCUUCACCAUCUUCUUCUUCACUUUACCAAAUCGUAUCCAAUCUUAGGGCAACAGUGAAAUUUUCAUCGUCUUCUUCUUCUCGAUACCUUCGAAUCGCAUCUCUAGUAAAAAAAAAGAGUUCCUUAUCCAACCUGUAUCUGAGAAUCUUUCAAUUCGUUAAAAAGAAAAAAAGUUCGCAUCAAUGAAUCAGAAUAUUAAAGUAUUAACGCUGGAUUCGUUACCAGUGGGGUUGAGAUUCCGUCCAACAGACGAGGAGCUAGUCCGUUUCUAUCUCCGCAGGAAAAUCAACGGCCACGAUGACGACGUCAAAGCCAUCCGAGAGAUCGACAUCUGCAAAUGGGAACCUUGGGACUUACCUGGUUUCUCGGUGAUCAAAACAAACGACUCGGAAUGGCUCUUCUUCUGUCCAUUGGACCGGAAGUACCCAAACGGAAGUAGACAGAACCGGGCGACGAUCGCAGGCUACUGGAAAGCCACAGGGAAAGACCGUAAGAUCAAAUCCAGCAGGAACAGCAUUAUCGGCGUGAAGAGGACUCUGGUUUUCCACUCUGGUCGUGCUCCUAAGGGUACACGAACGAACUGGAUUAUGCACGAGUACCGUGCCACCGAGGAUGACCUCCGUGGCACCAAUCCUGGCCAGAGUCCUUUUGUUAUAUGCAAAUUGUUCAAGAAACAAGAGUUGAGUUUAGAGGAUGAAGCUGCAGAACCUGCUGUCUCGUCCUCUCCAACAUCUUCCCCUGAUGAGACUAAAUCUGAAGUAUCAGUGGUCGUUAAAACAGAAGACGUGAAGCGUUAUGACGUAGCGGAAUCUUCUCUUGUAGUCUCAUCCGGUGAGGCUACAACCGCCAAGUUUGAAUCACAGCUUGGAGAUAUUGAUUAUCUGUCUUUUCCGGAGCUGGAGUCUCUGAACUACACAAUGUUCUCCCCAUCACACUCUCAACUCCAAUCCGAGCUUGGAUUCUCUCUCAGCGCAUUUCAGUCUGGCUUGAGUGACUUUUCAGGGAACUACAACAACAGCAGCAGCAGCAGCUCCCAGGUUCAGACUCAGUUCGGUACUAACGAAGUGGAUACGUACGUAUCAGAGUUUGUGGACUCGAUUCUUGAUCUCCCAGAUGAAGCAGUUCCAGAGCAGGACGGGUCAGCGCCACAUCAGAUAGCAUAUGCACAGGCACAGCACUCGGUAGGUGACAUGAGCAAUGAGGUUUCGAGAACAGGUAUCAUCAAGUUACAGGCUCGAAGGGAACAACCCUCAGGUUGUGCCACUGACUAUAUAGUCCAUGGAAGUGCCUCGAAAAGGUUGCGUCUGCAAAGCAACCUCGACGGUAUUAAGUCGAGAAGUCUAGAGAUUCAGACUAUCAAGAGAGAGGUUGAGGAUACGGAUGGAGAUAGCAUGAAGAAGGGGAAGCAAUCAAAGAACAAAACCGGAUUCUUGUUUAGAAAGAUCGUGUCCAUGAGAUGUUCGUACGGAGGACUUUUUAGGGCAGCCGUAGUUGCAGUCCUGUUCUUGAUGUCAGUGUGCAGUCUGACCGCAGACUUCCGAGCUUCCGUGUUGAUCUGAAAACUGUGAAACCUUUGUUAUAUAUAGUGCUCGAACCAGGUUCUUUUUUUUUUUAUUUGGUUUUGGUUUCAGUUUUCACCUUAUCAAGGGCGAGUGUACGUCUGUAUUAUUUGUUUGUAUACAUUGUAUAACGUUAUGAUGAGAUGUUAAGACUCUAGCUACUUCUCUGACUUUA